AUGGCGCCAGCGUCGACCCUAGUUAACAAGCUCAAAGUGCAGCUCAAGCUGUCCAUCUCGCGCCUACGCAUGGUACAACAAAAGGACACGGCAAUCGCCAAACAGCAACGUCGCGCCAUGGCCCAACUGCUCGAGCAAGGCAAAGACGAAUCCGCCCGCAUCCGUGUCGAGAACAUUAUCCGCAGCGACCUGACCACCGAACUACUCGAGAUUCUCGAACUAUACUGCGAACUGCUGCUCGCGCGAGCCGGUCUCUUGGAGGCAAAAGAAUGCGACGCAGGGCUCGAAGAGGCGGUGAAAAGCAUCAUCUAUGCGGCACCGAGGACAGACGUCAAGGAGUUGCACAACGUGAGGGCCCUGUUGGCCGAGAAGUUUGGCAAGGAGUUUGUGUUGGAUGCGACCGAGAACAAGGACGACAAGGUUGCAAAGCGUGUGCUAGAUCGCUUGAGGGUCGAGCCGCCAAAGCCAGAACUGGUCGAGGCCUAUUUGUCCACCAUCGCGGAUGCCUACAACAUCGAUUGGCCUAAGGGUCGUCUGGCGGCCAGGGAAGCGGCCGCCAACCAAGGCGAUGACGAAGACGAUGAUGAUAACCCUAGUGGUGGACAGAAAGUGCCGGCUUUGGAAGCUCCUGAAGGUACGGAACCUUUAGUCGCCGCGACUCCUCCGCGCAACCUGGGUCCGAAAAGUCCUGUCAGUGUGGUGCCACCGAGUCCAUCGACCGACAAUGUCUCCCCACGUAUCAAGUUACCAGGGCCGCCAGACCUCAAACCCUCAGCUAAGAUGGUAAAGGCAAACAAGCCAGACACAACGGGUCCUGGAGGCAAGAUCCCUGAUGUGAAUGAGCUGGCAGCGCGGUUCGCUCAGCUGAAGAGGUAG